AAGAUGCACAUAAGACGACGAAUGACAAUGAUAACAAGGAAAUACGCCAAAUAUUGACAUUGUAUUGUUUGUAUCAAAACACAACAUUCGAUGUCUCAGUUGAACUUCAAUAUAACAAAGUGUAGAAGCAGAACAGCAAGCCUAACACGUUGAUUCAGAUUACAAGUUUGACCACUGCAAUCUAGAAUACAAUGACAGCAAGUGUAAUUUACUACGUGAUUUGGUUUGUCUUCUUGACAUCAGGGGCACUAACUACCCAGUGCCCUGAACAUUGCACAUGCAGAAAUGUAAACGUGGACUGCUCCGGCCAACAACUUAAGGUGGUCCCAACCAUCCCGGCCACCACAGUGUCAUUAUAUCUGGCCAACAACAAGCUGGGCCCUGCCCUCUCCGAUGUGGACGCCUUCGCAGGCUUGCCCAACCUGACCCAUAUCGACCUUUCCAACAAUGGGCUGAGCGAGCUGCCAGGAUGCUUAUUCCGGGGACUCGACAAACUGCACACGGUAGUCCUGGCCGGCAACAGUCUGACCAUGUUGCCAAACAACUUCUUCACAGACUCUAAGCAGGUGGAACAUCUGGACCUCAGCUACAACGAGAUGUCGGCUCUGCCUGAAGCCAUCAUGUCAGAUAUGCCUAAGCUAAGAAUACUGGAUCUGUCGCACAACAAAAUAAACACGCUGGUUCUCGGAGCUAGAUUCCAGGUUGUUAAAGAGAUCGAGUACAUUGAUCUGUCCAACAACAAUAUCGAAGCUAUCACAGACGACUCCUUUGACGUGGCCAGAGAAUGGAUAGCGUCUGUCAACCGAACGCUGAAAUUGAGCUUCUGUGGGCUAAGGACCAUUACAGAGCUAGGAUUGAGCAAGAUUCCCAGCCUGACAGCCCUGGAUUUAACAGGAAACACUUACAUUUCUGCGGAAACCCUAAACAAUGUGCUGAAGAAUCUCCAGACCUCUAAGCGUCUUCAGAGCCUGGUAAUUGCGCAGAUGAAUUUGAAAACAAUCGAUCCUUUAUUUUCUGGUGUAACGGAGCUGUCUAUAAAAGCGCUUAACCUUUCACACAACGGCAUCGAGGACAUAAUGGAAAACGUAUUUGAGAACCUUCCCAGCAUCCAAUCGCUGGACAUGAGCAACAACUCACUCAGCCACAUGAGCAAAGCCUUUGAAGUCCUGCGCUACUUAAAGCACUUAGAUCUUUCGAACAAUCGGCUGGUCAGUUUCAAGGAUCAUGUAGAAGAGUUGAGUGAGUUAAGGCACCUCGACCUGUCUAACAACAAGCUGGCCUCUGGCAGCAAUAUCAGUUUUCAAAAGCUGACCAAGCUAGUAUUUCUUGACGUCAGCUACAACCAGAUGCCAGACUUUAUAAUUCCAAACACCCAUACACUACAGUACCUUAACUACAGCCAGAACAACAUUAAAGAGCUGUCCGCUUUCAUUGACGCUUCAGGACUUCAGUAUUUUGACAUCAGUGACAACAAUCUCGACUCCAUUCCCACCCAGCUGUUCAAAAAUGGCAAAUUUAUCAAGAUUGCCAACUUUAGUGGCAACAAUAUCAGCCUCCUACAUGAGGAUGCCUUCAUUCCCCAGUCACCCCUUGUCAUAGAUCUGUCCCGAAACGCGCUGAAACAAAUUAAACAAAUGAAAUGGGUGGCUACACAAGUCUUAUUCUUGAGUAUGAACAAGCUGGUGUCUGUGGACCCACUGUCCUUCAAAGGAAUGAAUGGUUUGGAGUACCUUGACUUAUCGUCCAAUCAGCUAAGCCGCUUAGAUGACAAUACACUGCAGCAUAUGCUGAGUUUGAGAUACUUAGAUUUAUCCAAUAAUGAGUUGUCAGACGUGUACUGGCCGUACGUUUUAAGAAAUCUUGAGAACCUUGUGUUUCUUGAUCUCAGUUUUAACAAAGUUCAGAUUCUCCAAGAGAAUAUACUAGAGCGAGUGAACAAACUGGAGAAGAUCUACCUUCAAAACAACAACAUUCGAAUGGUCUCGCCGCUGAUAUUUCGAGAUAUGACCAACCUGCAAGAGCUGGACCUGUCCAGCAACCCUUUCGAUUGUACUUGCGACAUGCUGGCUUUCCGGGACUGGAUCAAGAGGAGCCACGUCAUAUUCAACAAUUUAUUGGAUGCCAACUCGACCAAGUAUCGGUGCCACAGCCCAAGCAGCCGCAUCGGAAUGCACAUCACCUCGUGGGAGACGGGGAGCCUUGAGUGCAACAAGACCAUGCUAUACUCCAUCAUCUUUGGUGGCAUAGGUAUCGGGCUGGUUCUGAUCGCGGCAAUUGUUGGGAGCGUCUAUCGCUUUUACAAGAGGCAGAAAAAGGCCAGAGAAGAGUGGAAGCAAAAACUGGAGGAGAAACUGGAAGAAGAGUGGAAACACAAAAAGAAGGUAGAUUACAUAAGGAUGGUCAAGCAAGAGGUCGCCGACGAGAUUUGGAACGCCAUCGCAAGAAGAGAGCGACGCCAAGACAAAUAUCAAGCGUUGAAGCCCAAUGGUUACAUUUCAGAGAGCGCCGUUGUGGAUGCGAGAAGAAACCACGAAAAAGAAAGGAGAUACAGACAUCCUCUAGAAAAAGGUAAGUCAAGGCCAGUGUACCCAGAAGAGAGCGACUAUGUGAACCUCGGACGCUACCACAGAGACAGCUACGGAAAUUAUCUACCUUAUUCAGCUGCCAACAUAAAUUACAGAAAAGAAGGAGACAGCCGGGUUUUCUACACAGGGGACAGCCACCGACAAAGUCGACCCUAUGCAUACAGGGACUCGGUGACAGGCUGGCAGGAUCGCGAGGGCUGGGAAUGGUCCAAAAACUGGAUGCUGCAGGAAAGGUCGAGAAGACCGGAACAUGGAAUCAAUGGCUACAUGACCAUGCCGACCAUCAGGAGUAAAUACGAAGACAGGCCCCGCGCUUAUAAUGAUCACUACCAGCAAGAGGUUCGCUUCAACCAGGCCUUUCCAAGGCGGCACCAGAGGCCCCAGGACAUGCCAAGGUCAAAAAGUUACAACUACCUGCCCCAGGAGCACCACGUUCAACAAGCCGAGCACCCGGAUGUGGACACGAGACAGCCGGAUAGCCACGAAUCUAGAGAGAAAAGCAGAAAGGUCGCACGGGCUGCAUCACAGCCUUAUCUUUCUAACGCUGGGAUGUCAGACUGGCUGUAACUCUAGACUUAAGGGACUUAUCACAAUGUCCAGACUGAUAGCAGAAUCAGUGACUCCAUUUAACUGAUGCGAGGGCCCAUGACUAAGAUGUGUAUUUACCAUGUCAAGUCCUCACUCGAUAGGUUUAGAUUAAAGACUUUGGUGAAUGUUCUUAAACACUAUAAUAACGAGUCAUUAGUAAAACCGUAACAACAACAAAAACAUAAACACGCAAAGAAACCAAUAUAGGUCAGUGAUAAACAUUCAAACUUUGAUAACGAGAGUUUAUUUAAAAAAAAAAAAAAAAAACACUUUGAAUCGCUUGUCACAAGUCGGUCAUCUGUAGACUUGAACACUGACAUAUAUCGCUGAGUGAUACCUGCCCCAGGAGCACCACGUUCAACAAGCCGAGCACCCGGAUGUGGACACGAGACAGCCGGAUAGCCACGAAUCUAGAGAGAAAAGCAGAAAGGUCGCACGGGCUGCAUCACAGCCUUAUCUUUCUAACGCUGGGAUGUCAGACUGGCUGUAACUCUAGACUUAAGGGACUUAUCACAAUGUCCAGACUGAUAGCAGAAUCAGUGACUCCAUUUAACUGAUGCGAGGGCCCAUGACUAAGAUGUGUAUUUACCAUGUCAAGUCCUCACUCGAUAGGUUUAGAUUAAAGACUUUGGUGAAUGUUCUUAAACACUAUAAUAACGAGUCAUUAGUAAAACCGUAACAACAACAAAAACAUAAACACGCAAAGAAACCAAUAUAGGUCAGUGAUAAACAUUCAAACUUUGAUAACGAGAGUUUAUUUAAAAAAAAAAAAAAAAAACACUUUGAAUCGCUUGUCACAAGUCGGUCAUCUGUAGACUUGAACACUGACAUAUAUCGCUGAGUGAUACAAAUCGCUAUUCCAGCUCGUUGUACAAGCUAAGAAAGGAUUGAGUCUAUUUGAAGGCGGCUGUACGGAAACAGAAUGUACACUUUAGAAGUCGAGCUCCAGAUUCAGGUGAGGUAUGGUAUCAACAUGAUCCUUUGGUAUUUUAACACACAGGUUGUUGUUGUUUUUUUAUCUUAUCUCCAAGAGUAAAUAGUUGUAUUAGUUUUCUAUCCCACAAAUUGGCCUACUUUCUUGUUCUCUCAACAAAAGCACAAAGUAGUCUAUAAACUUGCAGAUGAUUCAGUUUACGAUUCAAAAGUUUUCAAAUCAGCGUUUCUCAACCUUCGUUUUUUGUUUUGUUGUUGUUUUUUUUAAAUUGUACACGUUAGCAAACUUUGCCCAAUGUAUUUCUUGUGUAAACAUAUCACUGCGUAGAAACCAAUGUUUCAUCUUCAGCUGUCCACUCAUUUCCUUCCAUAUCUUCUAUUUGUCCGUUAAGUUAUUUUGUUAUUUUAGGUUUUUGACCAUCGGCACAAUUUAGGUCAUGUUGUGCCCACGUAGCACAGGUUGAGAAACGCUGGAUGCAUGUCGUUGAGGUUAUCAGCACCAAACUUUGUCAAAAGUCAAACUAGCGUUGAUAGUUUUUUUCUGCUUUCAGAUAAAACAAAUGUGUGCACACGAUAAACUAUAUUGAAUACACCAUUAUCUUUUGUAUGGGUGUAACCGACUAGGAAUACUGGAUCUGUAUUAUUGAAUAGCUCAUUGUCAGUAGAUCACUUUUCAAUGGAUGUGUAUGAUACGUAAUAAAUACAUGUGUUUUAAUAAACAAAUGCUUGUUCCCUUGUUUACACUGUGGUCAUUGAAAACAAAUAGAUAAUGAAGGCAAUCAGUCUUGCUAUAAAACUAGUAGGUAGCUCCUGGUUGUGGGGAGGGGGGGGGGGUCAGUCGUAAUUACUUAAGUUAUACCAAUGUACACCUAAAUGUACAUUAUAAGCUAGUGUAAUGAUGAAUAUGUCUAACCUUUUGAUAAUAUGGAUUCCCGUUUAAAUCUUGUUUUAAGAAUGGUUUUAAUUUAAGUUCAUGCAAAAUGCAUAUUUAAAGUGCAUGUUAAAAAUAACAAGAACACUUCUCAAACAACUGAUGCACUUGUGAACAUAUAUUCAGUGUGCUUUGAAACUAUAAGAAUAAUGUAUGUACCACUAAACAUUUAUAGACGAGAUUAUACUUUUCAAUGUAUUUCUAGAAUUGGAAUAUUUCAUUGCACACUUUCAGAUAAUUAGGAAAUAGAUAUAUUUGGAACAAGAUGAAGACUUUUGUCAAAUAAUGGAAUUAUAUAUUGUGGUGGUGUUUUUUUUUUCAAUAAAAAAUGACAUUCUAACAAUUU